AUGGAGACCAGCUUGGAAGCUGAGAAGGCCUCGUCUCCUCAGGCUGCUCCGACCCAGCAGGCGGGAGGAAGAGGAAGCCAAAGGGACCCCUCUACACUUGUGGGGUCCAGCCCCAAGGCCAUGUUUAUCAAAGUGAUGUUUGGAGCUGGCUGCUGGGAGCUGGUGAACACUUGGUGCAGCCCGGUGACCCUCACCACCCACUUGAGGCAGAGGGGGCAGGUGCCCCCAGAUGCGGUCAUUGCCCUCCUGGCUGAGGAUGGGCACUUGGUGAGUCUGGAUGAGGGACUGGAGGAGGGGGCUUCCCAGGCCCCUUCCAUGGGCAGCGCCCUGCUGCAGGAGCGUGGGACCUAUGUCCUCGUGCAGAUCAUCAAGGGGGAGGGUGGGGCUCCCACCCGCUAUGAGUCCCUCCUGGAGAACCUGGACGACCAGUAUCCAGAGCUAGCAGAGGAGCUUCGCUACCUGUCAGGCCUACACCCCAUGAGUGAUUGCCGGAAGAAGCGCACGAGCACUCGGCGUGGCCACCAGGAGCAAGGCCCCUCUUCAAGGCCACGAAGGAUGGGCUCCCUGCCAUCCAGGACCCGCUAGCCGGGGCCAGAAGCCAGCCAGGUCCUGUGAUCUGGCACAUCACAGCCAAGUGGCUGAGCUGGACUCUGAUCCAAGGGGGUUGGCUGUGGUGACCUCUGCCGUGUGUGAUCAGGCCCAAACAGCAGCCCAGAGGCAUUCUUCUUGCAGAAUGUGGACUUACUGAGAAGCUGCAUCAGCCUGAGGGGCAAGGUCACAGACCGGAUGUGAGGCCACCAAGGGGGGCCCCCCAAGAUGUGGGUGCAGAGAAAGGGAUCCAGAGGCAGAGACAAGGAGGGUGAAGAGGGCAAGCAUUCCUGAGAGCGGGAGACAACAAACAGGCUUGUCCCUCCAGGAUUCUAGUCCCGAGUCAGUCAGAUACCCUUGGGGUCCCUACUAAUGCCUCACUCCUAUCUGGACUGUCCAAGGUCAUCAGAUUCCAACAGGGCUCCUCCCCCUCCCCCACCCAGGAUGUCAGCUUAAGGUGAAGCAAUUGCACCCCACAGUUGGACAUUCAUCCGUGCUCCUUGACCCCACCCCAGCAGACAGGCUAGUGAGAGGGCACACAGCAGGCUAUGGUCUAAAAUAAACUCUUUUAAUUGCA